AUGAAUUCAUUUCGCUCUAUUCCAUCUUUAUUCAUCUUCUUCAUCCUUUUACUCCUAACCGUAAUUACUGCCAACCAAGAUGAUCUAGAUGUUCUCGAAAAACGUAAUCCUCAUAAUACCAAAUCCCAACAUAAUAUUAAUCCUAUUGCAAAUAAACAUACUACCUCUAAUCCGGAAGGUAAAUCAAUAAAGACUACUGCUAAACCUGGUGUUAAAGCAAAUGUCAAAGCAGUAAAAAAUGCUAAAUCAGAAGGCAGGCCAAAAAGGACACCAAAGAUCAUUGCUAAACAAGAAGGAAAGGCAAAAAAAAUUACUGCUAUAUCAGAGGACAAAGUAAUAAAGACUGCCGCGAAACCAGAAGGAAAACUUAUAAAAAAAAUCUGUACAACAGAAGGCAAAGUAAUAGAAACCGAUGCUAGACCAAAAGGAAAGGCACUAAAUAUCAUUGAUAAAACAGAAGGAGAGGCAAAAAAGAUCAUCGCUAAACCAGAUAACAAAGUAAUAAAAGCCACUUGUACAACAAAAGACAAUGUAAUAAAGGCCACUGAUAAACCAGAAGAGGUGAUAAAAACUACUUUUAAGCCAGAGGAAAAGACGGUAAAGACCACUGCUAAACUUGAUGGUAAAGUAAUAAAAACCACCUGUACAACAGAAGACAAGGUUAUAAAGACCACUACUAAGCCAGAAGAAAAAGCAGUGAAGGCUACCGUUAAACCAGAUGACAAAGUAAUAAAAAAUACUUGUACAACAGAAGGCAAAGUAAUAAAGACCACUGCUAAACAAGAAGAAAAUGUGAUAAAAACCACUAUUAAACCAGAAGAAAAGACGGUAAAAACCACUGCUAAACCAGAUGGUAAAGUAGUCAAAACCACCUGUACAACAGAAGGUAAAGUGAUAAGGACUACCACUCGACCAGAAGAAAAGGUGAUAAAGACCACUGCUAAACCAGAAGAAAAGGCGACAAAGACCAUUUCUCAACCGGAUGAUAAAAUAAUAAAAGCCACCUGUACAACAGAAGGGAAAGUAAUAAAGACCACUACUAAGCAAGAAGAAAAUGUGAUAAAGGCUACCACUAAACCAGAUGGCAAAGUAAUAAAAACCACCUGUACGACAGAAGGCAAAGUAAUAAAGACCACUGCUAAGCCAGAAGAAAAUGUGAUAAAAACCACCGUUAAAGUACUAAAAACCACCUGUACAACAGAAGGCAAAGUAAUAAAGACCACUGCUAAACCAGAAGAAAAUUUGAUAAAGACCACUGCUAGACCAGAUAACAAAGUAAUAAAAGCCACCUGUACAACAGAAGGCAAAAUAAAGACCACUGCUAAAUCAGAAGAUGUGAUAAUGACUACUGCUAAAUCAGAAGAUGUGAUAAUGACUACCGCUAAACCAGAUGGUAAAGUACUAAAAACCACUUGUACAACAGAAGUCAAAGUAAUAAUGACCACUGCCAAACCAGAAGAAAAUCUGAUAAAGACUACUACUAAACCAGAAGAAAUUGUGAUAAAGACCACCGUUAAACCAGAUAACAAAAUAAUAAAAGCCACCUGUACGACUAAAGACAAAGUAAUAAAGACUACUGCUAAACCAGAAGAAAAUGUGAUAAAGACUACCACUAAACCAAAAGAAAUUAUUAUAAAGACCACCGUUAGACCAGAUAACAAAGUAAUAAAAGCCACCUGUACAACAGAAGACAAAGUAAUAAAAACCACUGCUAAACCAGAAGAAAAGGUGAUAAAAACUACUACUGAACCAGAAGAGAAGGUGGUAAAAACCACUGCAAAAUCGGAUGACAAAGUAAUAAAAACUACCUGUACAACAGAAGGAAAAAUAAUAAAGACCACUGCUAAACCAGAAGAAAAUGUGAUAAAGACCACCGCUAAACCAGAUGGUAAAGUAAUAAAAACUACCUGUACAACAGAAGGCAAAAUAAUAAAGACCACUGCUAAACCAGAAGAAAAUGUGAUAAAGACCACCGCUAAUCCAGAUGGUAAAGUAAUAAAAGCCACCUGUACAACAGAAGGAAAAGUAAUAAAGACCACUGCUAAACCAGAAGAAAAGGUGACAAAAACCACUACUGAGCCAGAAGAAAAUGCUGUAAAAACUACUGCUAAUCCAAAUGGCAAAGUAAUAAAAACCACCUGUACGACGGAAGGCAAAGUAAUAAAGACUACUGCUAAACCGGAAGAAAAGGUAGUAAAAACUACUACUACGCCAGAAGAAAAGACGGUAAAGACUACCGCUAAACCAGAUGGCAAAGUAAUAAAAACUACUUGUACAACAGAAGGAAAAGUAAUAAAGACCACUGUUAAACCGGAAGAAAAGGUGAUAAAGACCACUACUAAACCAGAUGACAAAGUAAUAAAAACCACCUGCACAACAGAAGGAAAAAUAAUAAAGACCACUGCUAGACCAGAAGAAAAUGGGAUAAAGACUACCGCUAAACCAGAUGUCAAAGUUAUAAAAACCACCUGUACGACAGAAGGUAAAGUAACUAAGACCACUGCUAAACCAGAAGAAAAUGUGGUAAAGACCACCGCUAAACCGGAUAACAAAGUAAUAAAAGCCACCUGUACAACAGAAGGCAAAAUAAUAAAGACCACUGCUAGACCAGAAGGAAAUGUAAUAAAGACCACCAAUAAAGCAGAAGAAAAUGCGGUAAAAACUACUGCUAAACCAGAAGAAAAGGUAAUAAAAGCCACCUGCACAACAGAAGGAAAAGUAAUAAAAACCACUGCUAAACCAGAUGGCAAAGUAACAAAUACCACUGCUAAGCCGAAGAAAGGAAAAGCAGCAACUACUUGUAGAGAAGACACGAAAAUAAGGGCUACCACUAGACCUAAAAAUAAACACACAUGA